AUGAGUAGCGAUGCUGAGAUGGAAGUGUUUGGCAUAGCUGCUCCUUUUCUCCGCAAGUCAGAAAAGGAGCGGAUAGAAGCUCAAAACCAGCCAUUUGAUGCUAAAACCUAUUGCUUUGUGGCUGAUUCAAAGGAAGAAUAUGCCAAAGGGAGAAUCAAGAGUUCCCAAGAUGGGAAGGUAACGGUGGAAACUGAAGAUAACAGGACACUGGUUGUUAAACCAGAAGAUGUGUAUUCAAUGAACCCACCCAAGUUUGAUAAGAUUGAAGACAUGGCAAUGCUGACACAUCUGAAUGAGCCAGCUGUCCUAUAUAACCUCAAGGAUCGUUAUACUUCCUGGAUGAUUUAUACCUAUUCUGGCCUCUUCUGUGUCACCGUCAACCCUUACAAGUGGCUGCCAGUGUAUAACCCAGAGGUGGUGAAUGCCUACCGAGGCAAAAAGCGCCAGGAGGCUCCUCCCCACAUCUUCUCCAUCUCUGAUAACGCCUAUCAGUUCAUGCUGACUGAUCGGGAAAACCAGUCUAUUCUGAUCACUGGAGAAUCUGGUGCUGGAAAGACUGUCAACACCAAGAGGGUUAUCCAGUAUUUUGCAACAAUUGCUGCUACUGGAGACCUUGCCAAGAAAAAGGAAGGCAAGAUGAAGGGGACACUUGAAGACCAGAUUAUCAGUGCCAACCCCCUGCUGGAAGCCUUUGGUAAUGCCAAGACUGUGAGGAAUGACAACUCAUCUCGUUUUGGCAAGUUCAUCCGAAUUCACUUUGGAACUACUGGAAAACUUGCCUCUGCAGAUAUUGAGACCUAUUUGCUGGAGAAGUCAAGGGUAACCUUCCAGUUAAAGGCUGAAAGAAGCUACCAUAUCUUCUACCAAAUUCUUUCAAAUAAGAAGCCUGAGCUCAUUGAGUUGCUGCUUAUUACAACCAAUCCUUAUGAUUACCCGUUCAUUAGCCAGGGUGAAAUCUUAGUGGCAAGCAUUGAUGAUACAGAGGAGUUGCUAGCUACAGAUAGUGCCAUUGACAUCUUGGGCUUCAGUCCGGACGAGAAGUCAGGAAUCUACAAGCUGACAGGGGCUGUGAUGCAUUAUGGUACCAUGAAGUUCAAGCAGAAACAGCGAGAAGAACAGGCAGAGCCAGAUGGCACUGAAGUGGCUGACAAAACAGCCUAUCUGAUGGGCCUCAACUCUUCUGAUCUGCUGAAAGCCUUGUGCUUCCCCAGGGUGAAAGUUGGAAAUGAAUAUGUUACCAAAGGUCAAACUGUAGAUCAGGUGCACCAUGCUGUGAAUGCUCUUUCCAAAUCAGUGUAUGAAAAAUUAUUCUUGUGGAUGGUAACACGCAUCAAUCAGCAACUAGAUACUAAGCUGCCAAGACAACACUUCAUCGGUGUCUUAGAUAUUGCAGGCUUUGAAAUAUUUGAGUAUAACAGCCUGGAACAGCUGUGCAUCAACUUCACCAAUGAGAAACUGCAACAGUUCUUCAACCACCACAUGUUCGUGCUGGAGCAGGAGGAGUACAAGAAGGAAGGCAUUGAGUGGGAGUUCAUUGACUUUGGGAUGGACCUGGCUGCCUGCAUUGAGCUCAUUGAGAAGCCAAUGGGCAUUUUCUCCAUCCUGGAAGAAGAGUGUAUGUUCCCCAAAGCAACAGAUGCUUCUUUCAAGAACAAGCUGUAUGACCAGCACCUUGGCAAGUCCAGCAACUUCCAGAAACCUAAGCCUGCCAAAGGGAAGGCUGAGGCCCAUUUCUCCCUCAUACACUAUGCUGGCACUGUGGACUACAGUGUCACUGGUUGGCUAGAGAAGAACAAGGACCCUCUGAAUGAGACUGUUGUUGGAUUAUACCAGAAAUCAUCUAACAAACUUUUGGCUCAUCUUUAUGCUACAUUUUCUGCUGUAGAUGCAGAUGGUGGAAAGAAGAAGGUAGCCAAGAAGAAGGGGUCUUCAUUUCAAACUGUCUCAGCUCUUUUCCGGGAAAAUCUGAACAAGUUGAUGUCAAAUUUAAGAACAACUCACCCUCAUUUUGUGCGUUGUAUAAUUCCCAAUGAAACCAAAACCCCAGGGGCCAUGGAACACCAUCUUGUUUUACAUCAGCUACGCUGUAAUGGUGUUCUGGAAGGUAUCAGGAUUUGCAGAAAGGGAUUCCCAAAUAGGAUCCUUUAUGGAGAUUUUAAACAAAGGUACCGUGUAUUGAAUGCCAGUGCUAUCCCAGAGGGACAGUUUAUUGACAGCAAGAAAGCUUGUGAAAAAUUGUUGGCAUCUAUUGAUAUUGACCACACCCAGUACAAAUUUGGACAUACCAAGGUGUUCUUUAAAGCUGGCUUAUUGGGAACUCUGGAAGAGAUGAGGGAUGAUCGUUUGGCUAAAUUGAUUACACGGACUCAGGCUGUGUGCAGAGGGUUCCUCAUGAGAGUGGAAUUUCAAAAGAUGGUCCAGAGAAGGGAGUCCAUCUUUUGUAUUCAGUACAACAUUCGCUCAUUCAUGAAUGUCAAACACUGGCCGUGGAUGAAGUUGUUUUUCAAGAUUAAGCCCCUCCUCAAGAGUGCUGAAACAGAAAAAGAGAUGGCCACCAUCAAGGAAGAAUUCCAGAAAACUAAAGAUGAACUUGCCAAGUCAGAGGCAAAAAGAAAGGAGCUUGAGGAAAAAAUGGUGACUCUGCUACAAGAAAAAAAUGACCUUCAGCUCCAAGUACAAUCUGAAAGUGAAAAUUUGUUGGAUGCUGAGGAAAGAUGUGACCAGCUGAUUAAAGCCAAAUUUCAACUUGAAGCUAAAAUCAAGGAAGUGACAGAAAGGGCUGAGGAUGAAGAAGAGAUCAAUGCUGAACUGACAGCCAAGAAGAGGAAACUGGAGGAUGAAUGUUCAGAACUCAAGAAAGACAUUGAUGACCUUGAGCUGACACUAGCCAAGGUGGAAAAGGAGAAACAUGCUACAGAAAACAAGGUUAAAAAUCUAACUGAGGAAUUGGCAGGCUUGGAUGAAACGAUUGCAAAGCUAACAAAGGAGAAGAAGGCUCUCCAAGAGGCCCAUCAACAAACUCUGGAUGACCUCCAAGCUGAAGAAGACAAAGUCAAUACGUUGACAAAAACUAAGAGCAAACUGGAACAGCAAGUUGAUGAUCUUGAAAGCUCCCUGGAACAAGAAAAGAAAGUUCGUGUAGACCUUGAAAGGAAUAAAAGAAAGCUUGAAGGAGACUUGAAACUUGCCCAGGAAUCCAUACUAGAUUUAGAAAAUGACAAACAGCAGUUGGAUGAAAGACUGAAGAAGAAGGACUUUGAAUAUAGCCAGUUGCAAAGCAAACUAGAAGAUGAGCAGACUUUGGGUCUUCAAUUCCAAAAGAAAAUCAAAGAACUACAAGCUCGAAUUGAAGAGUUGGAAGAGGAGAUUGAAGCAGAGAGGGCCACUCGGGCAAAGGCAGAGAAACAACGAAGUGACUAUGCCCGGGAGCUAGAGGAGCUGAGUGAAAGACUGGAGGAGGCUGGAGGCGUCACCUCAACCCAGAUCGAACUCAACAAGAAGCGAGAGGCAGAAUUCCUCAAGUUGCGCCGGGAUCUUGAAGAGGCCACGCUACAGCACGAAGCUAUGGUCGCCACGUUGAGGAAGAAGCACGCAGACAGUGCGGCUGAACUCAGUGAGCAAAUCGACAACCUGCAGAGGGUCAAACAGAAACUGGAGAAGGAGAAGAGUGAACUCAAACUGGAGAUUGAUGACCUCGCUAGUAAUGUGGAAAGCGUAUCGAAAUCCAAGGCAAAUCUAGAAAAGAUAUGCCGGACACUGGAGGACCAGAUAAGUGAGUCACGGAGCAAGACGGAAGAAACUCAAAGGAGUUUGAAUGAGCUGACCGCUCAGAAGGCUCGUUUACAGACCGAGUCCGGUGAGCUGAGCCGUCAGCUAGAAGAAAAAGAAAGCAUUGUAUCCCAGCUUUCUAGGAGCAAACAAGCAUUUACUCAACAAAUUGAAGAACUCAAGAGGCAGUUGGAGGAAGAGACUAAGGCCAAGAAUGCCCUGGCCCAUGGAUUACAAUCUUCCCGUCAUGACUGUGACUUGUUACGGGAACAAUAUGAAGAAGAACAAGAAGCCAAGGCUGAGCUUCAAAGGGCAUUGUCCAAGGCCAAUAGUGAGGUUGCCCAAUGGAGGACCAAAUAUGAGACAGAUGCCAUUCAGCGCACAGAGGAACUGGAGGAGGCCAAGAAAAAACUUGCUCAGCGUCUUCAGGAUGCUGAGGAGCAGGUCGAAGCAGUGAAUGCAAAGUGCGCUUCCUUAGAAAAGACAAAGCAGCGGCUCCAAGGAGAGGUGGAGGACCUUAUAAUAGAUGUUGAGCGAGCCAACUCACUGUCAGCUGCUCUGGACAAAAAACAGAGGAACUUUGAUAAGGUCCUGGCUGAAUGGAAGACAAAGUGUGAGGAAAGUCAGGUUGAGUUGGAAGCAGCUCUAAAGGAGUCCCGCUCUCUGAGCACUGAACUCUUCAAAUUGAAAAAUGCCUAUGAAGAAGCCUUAGAUCAACUGGAAACUGUGAAGCGAGAAAACAAGAAUCUAGAGCAGGAGAUAGUGGAUCUUACUGAACAAAUUGCUGGAAAUGGAAAAACCAUCCAUGAACUUGAGAAAUCAAGAAAGCAGAUUGAGUUGGAAAAAGCUGAUAUACAACUGGCUCUUGAGGAAGCAGAGGCAGCUCUUGAGCACGAAGAGGCUAAAAUCCUCCGCAUCCAGCUUGAACUGACGCAAGUAAAAUCAGAAAUUGAUAGAAAGAUAGCAGAGAAAGAUGAAGAGAUUGAACAGCUAAAGAGGAACUACCAGAGGACUGUGGAGACCAUGCAGAGUGCCCUAGAUUCAGAAGUGCGAAGCAGGAAUGAGGCCAUCCGGAUAAAGAAGAAGAUGGAAGGAGAUUUAAAUGAAAUAGAGAUCCAGCUGAGCCACGCCAACCGCCAGGCUGCUGAGACACUGAAACACCUCAGGAAUGUGCAAGGACAGCUUAAGGAUAGCCAGCUGCACUUGGAUGAUGCUCUCCGAGGCCAGGAGGACCUGAAAGAACAGCUUGCCAUCGUGGAGCGCAGAGCCAACUUGUUGCAGGCGGAAGUGGAAGAACUCCGAGCUGCUUUGGAACAGACUGAGAGAGCUCGGAAACUGGCUGAACAGGAGCUCUUGGAUUCCAAUGAGAGGGUGCAACUGCUGCAUACCCAGAACACGAGCCUCAUUCAUACAAAGAAGAAGCUUGAAACGGAUGUUACCCAACUCCAAAGUGAGGUUGAGGAUGCCAGUAGGGAUGCAAGAAAUGCUGAAGAGAAAGCAAAGAAAGCAAUAACAGAUGCGGCCAUAAUGGCUGAGGAGCUGAAGAAAGAGCAGGAUACCAGUGCCCAUUUGGAACGGAUGAAGAAGAACCUGGAGCAGACAGUGAAGGACUUGCAGCACCGCCUGGAUGAAGCCGAGCAGCUGGCCCUGAAAGGAGGAAAGAAGCAGAUCCAGAAACUGGAAACGCGGAUCCGAGAGUUAGAAUUUGAACUUGAAGGAGAACAGAAACGAAAUACAGAGUCGGUUAAGGGACUCAGGAAAUAUGAACGGCGAGUCAAAGAACUGACUUAUCAGGGUGAAGAAGACAGGAAGAAUGUGCUAAGAUUACAGGAUUUAGUGGAUAAACUGCAAGUAAAGGUCAAAUCCUACAAGAGACAAGCUGAGGAGGCCGAUGAACAAGCUAAUGCUCAUCUCACCAAAUUCAGAAAAGCUCAGCAUGAGCUGGAGGAGGCUGAAGAACGGGCAGAUAUUGCAGAGUCUCAAGUCAAUAAGCUAAGAGCUAAGACCCGAGAUUUUACCUCUACCAGAGUGGUACAUGAAAGUGAAGAGUGA